AUGGUUUUUUAUUUUAAGAAACAAUCUGGUUUCAGUUUCAUUAAUUUAAUUAAGAUAUUUCAAAGUUCUAAUAUUCACAUACGAAAAUCAGUCGACGAACAAAAAAUGAAAUACAAUCUACCCAAGUCGACCUUACGUGCUCAUACAAAUCAACACAUGUUAGCUUAUAUUUCUACAGCUUUUGCUUCAUUCACAAGGGAAUAUUCGUGGGUUGAAGGCAGACAACCGUAA